UUACAUCUGCAGUGGAUACAUAUAUGCUAGAAAGAGACUGUAGCUCUGGCAGGAUUUGGAGAUGAAUAAUGUAAAGAAUAAAUCACUCAAGGGGAGAAAGUAAUGUGCUUCUGAUUAUGGGUUUCGCUUACAAAACGUUUCUGACCUUCGUUAUCAAGAAACAAUGAUGCAUUUCUUUAUGAAGAGAAUCAAGACUGGGCUGAAGGUUGCAAUUUGUAUCAAAAUAGAACUUAAUGCUCAAUUAUGAGGAGACUAGAGGCAACGUUUGGCUUAACGGUGGAGCUUUGCUUCAAGAUUUACCAGCUUGCAUUCAUUUCAUCUACAUUUCUGUGUCUUGUCUGCCAGUCACCAUUUCUCUGCUAUUAUCCUUUUAUUCACAUUUCCUAACACCAAUGCCAUCUGCCACUGCUAUGUUUCGUCAUUGCAUGCUAUGGCUCACCGGUAGAAAGGCUCGAGAUGCAGAUGAGAGGGAGAAGUGGAUCCACGCUUUAGAGGACACCAUCCUCCGCCAUACCCUCCAGCUUCAGGGUGUGGAUUCAGGAUUUGUUCCCAGCGUUCAUGAUUUUGACAAGAAACUCACUGAGGCUGAUGCUUACUUACAGAUCUUGAUAGACCAGUUGAAGCUCUUUGAUGAAAAACUCCAGAACUGCAAAGAUGAUGAACAGAGAAAAAAAAUUGAAGGUCUCAAAGAAACAACUAAUAGCAUGGUAGAAUCAAUAAAACACUGCAUUGUGUUGCUACAGAUUGCUAAAGACCAAAUUAAUGAGGAGAAGCACGCAGAUGGACUUAUAAGCACCAUCAACCCUGUGGACGCCGUGUAUCAGCCCAGCCCCUUGGAGCCCUCGGGGAUCAGCACCAUGCCUUCCCAAGCUGUCACACUCCCAGAACCUGCUCAGUUGUGCAAGUCAGAGCAGCGACCCUCCUCUUUGCCUGUGGGACCUGUAGUAGCAUCGCUGGGGAAUCAGACUCCAACACCAAAUAGUACAGGGAGUGGGCAGUCAGCACCUAGCAGCAGUCUCACCUCUCCAAGCCAUGUCAACCUGUCUCCAAAUACAGUCCCAGAUUUUUCUUACUCCAGCAGUGAGGAUGAGUUCUAUGAUGCUGAUGAAUUCUACCAGAGCAGCUCUUCCCCAAAGCGAUGUAUGGAUUCUUCAGGGUCUGCUGCAGUCCUGACUCGGAGCAGCACGGGGAGCAGCCUGAAACGUCCGGAUACCACAGAGUCCCUCAAUUCCUCCAUGUCUAAUGGCACAAAUGAUGCUGAUCUCUUUGAUCCUCCCGACGACCGAGAAGAUGAUGGGGAAGGGGAGUCGGUGGAGGAGCACAAAAGUGUUAUCAUGCAUCUCCUGUCACAAGUGAGAUUAGGCAUGGACCUAACCAAGGUUGUUCUUCCAACGUUUAUCCUGGAAAGGAGGUCGCUGUUGGAAAUGUAUGCUGACUUCUUUGCACAUCCGGACUUGUUUGUCAGCAUUAGUGACCAGAAGGAUCCCAAGGAGAGGAUGGUUCAGGUGGUGAAAUGGUACCUCUCAGCUUUCCAUGCAGGAAGGAAAGGGUCAGUUGCUAAAAAGCCUUACAAUCCCAUCCUGGGGGAGAUCUUCCGGUGCCACUGGGUGCUGCCCGGCACUGAGGAUGACACGGAGCCAGUCUCUGAAGGACCAGUCCCCUGGGUCAGUAAAAGCAACGUCACCUUUGUGGCAGAGCAGGUCUCUCACCAUCCUCCAAUUUCAGCAUUUUAUGCAGAGUGUUUUAGCAAGAGGAUACAGUUCAAUGCUCACAUAUGGACCAAGUCCAAAUUCCUAGGAAUGUCUAUUGGGGUCCAUAACAUAGGGCAAGGGUGUGUUACAUGCCUAGAUCAUGAUGAACACUAUAUUUUAACUUUUCCUAAUGGCUAUGGAAGGUCUAUUCUCACUGUGCCAUGGAUAGAGCUUGGUGGGGAGUGCAGCAUUAGUUGCUCAAAGACAGGUUACAAUGCUUCCAUUGUCUUCCACACAAAACCAUUUUAUGGAGGAAAGAAGCACAGAGUUACAGCUGACAUUUUUUCUCCAAAUGACAAGAAACCCUUCUGCUCCAUUGAAGGAGAAUGGAAUGGGGUCAUGUAUGCAAAGUACUCCACAGGGGAGAAUGCUGUCUUUAUAGAUACCAAGAAAAUGCCUACAAUAAAGAAGAAGGUAAGGAAAUUGGAGGACCAAGACGACUUUGAGUCUCGCUGCUUAUGGAAGGAUGUAACCUACAACCUGAAGAUCAGAGACAUCGACGCAGCCACGGCUGCCAAGCACGCGCUUGAGGAGCGGCAGAGAGCCGAGGCCAGGGCCAGGAAGGAGAGUGAGACCUCAUGGGAAACAAGGUUAUUCCACGAGGAUGGGGAGUGCUGGGUGUACGAUGAGCCGCUGCUGAAGCGCCUCGCUGCCAGCAAGCACUGAGGGGUGCUGAGGCCGCAGAGCCUUGGCUGAGCAGAGAUUGCAGCUGAGCCCAGACACCCCCAGUGAUCACGUACAUACAUGGCACAGCCCCACCCCUCCAGCUGCAGUGGUUCCUAUCUCAGGGAUACUGGACUUACUGAGACAGACAAAGCAAUUCUCGCGAGGCUGAGCAGCUCCGGGCAGGGACUGGCUCUGGUGGCAGGGCUGGGCUCAGGCUCUGCUCCUGCUGCCUCUGGAGCAGGGAGAGCUGGGCCCUGGGGCUCACACUCCAUAACCACUGUGAAGGCCACGGCGGUGGGAGCAGCUGCAUAAUCAUCCUGGGUCCUACAUAUUUAAAAAGCAAGAAACAAAAUGCAAGAUGUCAUUUAAAUCUCGCUGAUGUUUGCAAUGUGUAAAUAUGAGGAUUCCUAUGAUGGGACAAUUUGUUAGAAAAUGCUACAUAAAUGUUAUCUUCCACCUGUAUGAUAAUCAAAUCUUUUGGCAUUUCAGUGUCUUGCCCAAAAUAACUUUGUUAUUUUGAGAUCAAAAUGUAACCAUAGAUAAUUCUACCCAAUGCAUCUUAAAGCUUCAUAAAAUAGAUUUUUCAAACUUC